CCAGGCCUCGAGACAAUUUCUCCUGUGUAAGAUUUUCUAGGCUGGGGCUCCUUUUAUCCUUUUACCUCUGGCUAGAGCUGGUUUACUUAGUUGUUUCUCAGUUAAAACGUUGGCUGAGCUUUGAAUCCUUGCUUUACUCGCCGGCCUGUUCUCCUUGAGCGUGUUCACAUAGUUUGGUGCUGAGAAUACUCCUGCUACACUGCACAAAUAAGCCACAGUUAUGCCGUCUUCAGAAAAUUCGUAUGGAUCAAGACACAACAGGUUCCACUCACUAUCGCACUCCAUGAAGGAAGACAUGGAUGAGAGCUUCCGUAUUGGGGAUUUCUCCUCGAAGCACUUCACUAGGAAGGCCUCUGUUGCCACAGCGGCAACGCAGGACGGCGCCGAGGCAGGCAACUUCAACGCUGAUUCUGGCGAGGUUGAGAGGAUAGAAGGUGGGUUCGAGGGGAAGCUGUCGUCGAGCUCCAUACCCGAGCACAGAGAAAGAGGAGCGUCUACAAGUGCGCUAUCCCACGUGUUGGCAAGUGUCAGAGAGGAUUCACCGCUAAUGAAUCAGGCUAAAGUGCCCUCUCGGCCAGAUUCUAGGAUGUCGCUACACACAGAUGAGAUUUCCCCUAAGGUUUCAGCUACUUCAAACACACAUGGUAAUCCUCAGGUCGAUAUCAAGAAUCCAGAUAAGGCCACGGUAGAUGUCAUUGGUCGUCAUCUGGUUACAGAUACUGGCUCGGUUGCUCCAUCUGACGAGUUUGAUUCUUUGCAGCUCCAAGGUGGUGAUAUCAGCAGGGAUCUCUACAACUGGCGUCGGUCCCACUCACCAACAGUAUCGCAGAGAAGAAGAUCUCACUCGUUCAGUGCAUCGAUCAACAGUAAUAACCUGGAUCCGGACUUCAACGUGCAUGAUAUCAGAGUCCCUGGUGGGUUCAGAAGAAGUUUCCUCCUUCAAAAGGCUUCCAGACACAAUCUCGUUGGCGAUGGGCCAGAUAUCAAACAGCCAACUUUCUUUACCAGAAACUUCAUCGAGUUUCUAACUCUUUAUGGGCAUUUUGCAGGUGAAGAGUUGAGCGAUGAAGAAGAUGAAAAUGAAGAUGAAGAAGAGGAGGAGGAAUCGGUUGAUGAGGAGAGUCUACUGUUGGCAAGUGUCCCACGUAGAAAACAUGAAGAAACACACAAGGCUACAACCACGAAGGCUGUGAUGCUGCUAUUGAAAGCGUUCAUUGGAACAGGUGUGCUCUUCUUACCAAGAGGUUUCAAGAAUGCAGGAUGGUUGUUCUCUUCUAUAGCACUUUUAUUCUUCUCGAUAUUAUCAUAUUGGUGUUUUAUGCUACUUAUCAAUACGAAAACGAAUCUGGGUUUAAAUAGUUAUGGUGAUAUUGGAGGUGCAGUAUUUGGUGAAAAGAUGAGAAUAUCCAUCCUCACAUCAAUUGUGCUUUCACAAAUAGGAUUUGCAGCAGCGUAUAUCGUAUUCACUGCUACAAAUCUGCAGGCAUUUGUUGCUUCUAUGUUUGAUAGAGAAUACUCUAUUGAAACAUACAUCUUUGUUCAAUUGAUUGUCUUCAUUCCAUUAUCAUUGACAAGAAAAAUUGCAAAAUUAUCAGGAACUGCGCUGGUUGCCGAUUUAUUCAUCCUGCUAGGAUUGAUCUACGUCUACUACUACUGUUCUUUCGUUUCAAUAACCAAAGGAAUUGCUGCCGUAAAGAGCUUUAACAAUGACUGGACUGUGUUUAUUGGAACUGCAAUCUUCACAUAUGAAGGUAUUGGUCUUUUGAUUCCAAUUGAAGAAUCUAUGAAGAAACCUUCACAGUUCCCAAUGAUCCUUGGGUGGGUUCUGGCCAGUGUCACGGUUGUUUUCAUCUCUGCCGGUCUUGUGGGAUAUUUGGCCUUUGGUGAGGAAACUGACACAGUGAUACUGUUGAAUUUCCCUUCGGAUAGUGUAUACGUCUCUGUUGUUCAGUUCUUGUACGCCAUGGCUAUACUCCUCUCGACGCCAUUACAACUCUUUCCGGCUAUCAGAAUUUUGGAGAAUGGUAUAUUUAAAAGAUCUGGAAAGCAUAAUACGAAGGUGAAGUGGAGAAAGAAUUACUUUAGAACUUUCUUAGUUCUAUUUACCGCACUUUCUGGAUGGCUUGGAGCAUCAAACCUGGACAAGUUCGUUUCAGUUAUUGGAAGUGUGGCAUGUAUUCCGUUGAUUUACAUAUACCCACCCAUGAUUCAUCUCAAGUUAAAGACCACAACUCCUAUGGGAAAGAGGUUAGACCUAACCAUUGUAAUCUUUGGUGUUAUUAUGCUAGUCUACACUUCUUUCCAAACAGUGGUCUCUUGGAACGACUAGUUAGUUUAUUAUUACAUCUCAUUAUAGAGUCUUUUCCUUUGGUUACCAAGC